AUGCGUAGCGUCCAGGCUGUCCUCGUGUCCCUUGUGGGCUUCGCCGCCGCAGGCAACAUCUACUACCCGUCCGCCAGUGAGAACCGGCCGGCGUACCCUGACCCUUCCCCCUCGUACGUGCCUAUUGACCCUUCGCACAAGGAGUGGGAGCACAAGGACUACGAUGGUGAGAAGAAGGACGGCGAGGAGUAUGACCCCAGCUCUAACAAGGAGUGGGAGAACAAGGACGACAACAAGGAGGAGGAUGAGCACAAGGAGUACGACCCUAGCUCCAACAAGGAGUGGGAGCACAAGGACGACAAGGAGAACAAGGAGUAUGACCCCAACCCGAAGGACGGCGAGGAGCACAAGGAGUAUGACCCCAACCAGAAGGACGGUGAGGAGCACAAGGAGUGGGAGCACAAGGACGACAACAAGGAUGGUGAGAAGAAGGAGUGGGAGCACAAGGACGACAAGGACAACAAGUAUGAUGGACACUGGGACGGCCACGAGCAGUGGCAGAACCAGUGGAACAAGACCAAGUCCGCCUACACCACUACAAAGAUUGUCUCUCAGUACACCACUUACUGCCCUGAGCCUACUGAAGUGACCGUCAACAAGAAGACUUAUACCGUCACAAAGGCCACUACUCUGACCAUUACCGACUGCCCCUGCACCGUCAUCGAGCCUUGCCCUACCGAGACCGUCAAGCCCCCUACCAAGUGGGACGGCAACAAGGAGUGGGACAACAAGGACUGGAACAAGCAGCCCGAAGACCCCAAGAAGCCCGAGUGGGACGGCAAGAAGCCCGAGGACCCCAAGAAGACCGAGGCUGCUCCCUCCGCCUCCUCAAAGCCCGAGGACCCCAAGAACGGCUGGGACGGCAAGCCCCACGACGGCGGCGACAAGCCUCACCCUCCCCCCGUUACCGUCUCCAGCGCCUCCACGAGCUUCGUGCACGUUGGCGCUGCCGUCUUUGGCGCUCUCCUCGUCGGCGUCAUGACCCUGUAA